GCUGAUGAACAAAACAAAUUAGAAAAGUCGUUCCAAAAAGUCAAUACCUUAAAACAAAUUGUAAAUAUCUGUAAUUUGAAAAGUUAAAUCCUUGACCCAUUCUCUACUGAUCAACUUGGAUGGCCAUUGGCAUUGACCCAGGAAUCACAUCACCUUACCCGUCAAACACGUUCUCAGGAGAAAAGUAGUAGAAAUUUCAAUCAAUUCUCUUUCACAAUUCUACAUAAGAGGGGCAGAGGAGGAAACGAUUUUACUACGGAGGUUGUGUAUUUUUCAUGCAUGCGGACAGCGUGUCACUCACGUUGUAUUCGCUUCCUUAAUUUCUAAGGCUGUUUGUUCAGGAGUACAAGGAAAAUACCCAUUCACCCGGUUCUCUGGAUGUUUUUCAUGUGGCCUUCUUGAGGAAUUUCUUGUUUCCUAUCCAAAUCUGGUUUUUAAACGUGUCCUCUGUGAGCAGUUUUAAGGACAUCAAGAAUUUAAGCCAGUGAAAGCAUGGAAAAUGUGCUUGGCAAAGCAAGAGGGCGUUUUCAUGUGGAAUUGCUAUUUGUGCUCAUAAUAACAAUGAUGGGAGGAGGGGUAUUAGGCCGGUUUGUUGUUGAAAAGAAUAGCAUACUGGUGAUAUCUCCAGAUUCUAUUAAAGGGAAGAAGGAUGGUGCUAUUGGGAAUUUUGGAGUUCCAGAGUAUGGAGGGACUAUGAUUGGGACUGUGGUAUAUCCUGACAAAGGAACUUUUGCCUGCACUUCCUUUGAAGAAUUGGGGGUGUCCUUCAACCAUUCUGCAUCGCGACCCUCACCUAUAAUUCUUCUGGUGGAUCGGGGAGAAUGCUAUUUUGCAAUGAAAGCAUGGAAUGCACAAAAUGGUGGUGCUGCUGCGGUUCUUGUUGCAGAUGACCGUGAAGAGCCUCUCAUAACAAUGGAUUCUCCUGAAGAAUCCAAGGCAGCUGCUGAUUAUCUUGAUAAGAUUUCGAUACCAUCUGUGUUGAUUGAAAAGUCUUUUGGAGAUGACUUGAAAACUACUUUGGCAAAGGGGGAAACAGUAACCAUCAAGCUUGAUUGGAGUGAAUCCAUGCCUCAUCCUGAUGAGCGUGUAGAGUAUGAGCUGUGGACAAACAGCAACGAUGAGUGUGGAGCCAAAUGUGACGAUCAGAUAGAAUUUGUGAGAAACUUCAAGGGCCACGCCCAAAUAUUGGAAAAGAAUGGUUUUACUCAAUUUAAACCACACUAUAUAACAUGGUUCUGCCCUGAAGCCUUUAUUUUGAGUAAACAGUGUGUAUCACAGUGCAUCAAUCGUGGAAGGUACUGUGUUCCAGAUCCAGAUCAGGACUUAAGCGAAGGUUAUGAGGGAAAGGAUGUUGUUAUUGAAAAUCUGAGGCAGCUUUGUGUCUUCAGGGUUGCAAACGAAAGUAACAAACCUUGGGUUUGGUGGGACUAUGUUACAGACUUCCACAUUAGAUGCCCUAUGAAAGAUAAAAAAUACAAUCAAGAUUGUGCUGAGGGCGUCAUCAAAUCUUUAGGCUUGCCUAUAAACAAGGUCCAGGAAUGCAUGGGUGACCCACAAGCUGAUGCAGAAAACCCUGUAUUAAAGGCAGAACAAGAUGCUCAGGUUGGACAAGGCUCACGUGGUGAUGUAACUAUCCUGCCAACUCUGGUCAUUAACAAUGUGCAGUACCGAGGCAAGCUAGAGAGAAGUGCUAUAUUGAAGGCCGUAUGUGCAGGAUUUAAAGAAACUACCGAGCCUCUAAUUUGUUUGACUGGAGAUAUAGAGACAAAUGAAUGCCUGACAAAUAAUGGUGGCUGCUGGCAACACACAAAGGCUAAUAUAACUGCUUGCAAGGAUACCUUUAGGGGCAGAGUAUGUGAAUGCCCCCUCGUGUCUGGAGUUCAGUUCAAAGGAGAUGGCUAUUCACAUUGUGAAGCCACUGGAGCAGGCCGUUGUAGGAUUGAAAAUGGAGAUUGCUGGUCAGAAACUAAAAAUGGCGAUACAUUUUCUGCAUGCUUGGAAUCUCAACUCAGCGGUUGUCAAUGCCCUAAUGGCUUCCGUGGUGAUGGGCACAAGUGUGACGAUAUUGAUGAAUGCCAAGAAGGAAUUGCUUGUCAGUGCAGUGAUUGUACAUGCAAAAACAAAUGGGGAGGAUUUGAUUGCAAAUGUAAGGGAGAUCUUCUAUACAUCGCAGGACAGGAUACAUGCAUUGGUAGAAAUGCUUCAAGAUUUGGCUGGUUCUUGACACUUCUUAUUCUAGCUGGCUUAGUGGGUAUUGUUGUUGCUGGUUAUGUGUUUUACAAGUAUAGACUUAGGUCGUACAUGGAUUCUGAAAUCAUGGCUAUAAUGUCCCAAUAUAUGCCAUUGGACAAUCAAAGUGAGGUUCACCAAGCACCACAACAAAAUUCAGUAUGAGAUGUGGUCUUUUCCCUCCUGAUGAGCUCUGGUUGCCUUUCCUGAACAUGCAGGAAAGUGGACCCCAUUCAAUUGAGAAAGGAUAUGGAACUGACGGCAGGCCUGAUGUUUUUUAUUUACUAGUGGAUUUUUCUCUGCUACCUUGUGCAACAGUCAAUUAAAAUCCGAUUAGUUAUUUGUCUCCUGUUGACGUAUUCAUCCGUAUGGGGAUUCAGUACUGUUCUAUUUCCCUUACUGAUGAAUCCGUUCCAGCCUUUUGAAUCAGAUUCCAAAGGAAGUUAUGACAAAUAAUCAGGCAGAAGCUAUUGUCCAUAAAUGUAGCCGAUAGUCAUAUCAAUGCAUCUCUGUUGAACGUAUAUAAUUGAGAAAUAUAGUCAUGCAUGGUCAGAAGUUAUUGUAACACAUAGACGGCAAAUUAUCAAUGGAAUUGAAGAAUGGCUUAGGUGUAA